GUGACAACAGAUGGUCACGUGGCCCACCACCCGGUCACCUGGUUUGAUCCACUUUGUUUUCGGGGUUCGGGUUCGGGUUUGGGCUUCUCACCGGACAUGUCAGCCCGUCACGUCUCCUGACGGCCCAACAGGCUCCUCGGAUGCUGCGUUCACGUCCCGUGGGAAGGCGGACAGAAGUCAACCCGUCAACGCGACUCGAAGGAAGUUUUCAGGCAGGGGAUGCCGGCCGGGCUGCGGGUGGCGGUGAUCGGCGCCGGGGCGGCCGGGCUCUGCGCCGCCAGACACGUCCUGUCCCGGCCGAGGAGCUUCGCCCCCCCCGUGGUGUUUGAGCAGAGCGGGCACGUGGGCGGCACCUGGUUCUACGAGGAGCAGGCGGAGCGCGGGGACGGGCGGCCUGUCCACAGCAGCAUGUACAGAGACCUGCGGACCAACCUGCCCAAAGAGGUGAUGAUGUUCCCCGACUUCCCCUUCGAGCCCCAGCUGCCCAGCUUCCUGCCCCACCAGGAGGUGCAGAGAUACCUGGAGAGCUACAGCGAGCGCCACGGCGUCCGGCCGCACAUCCGGUUCCACACGCUGGUGGAGGAGGUCAACCCCGUCGUCAUGGAGACGGAGGGCGAGGAGGCGAGGACCACGUGGGCGGUGACGUCGUCUGACGAGUCGGGACGUCGGAGGACGGAGACUUUCUGCUCGGUUUUCGUCUGCACCGGGCACUACUCCGACCCUCACAUCCCAAACAUCCCAGGGAUCGAGAACUUUACAGGCUCGCUGCUGCACAGUCACUCGUACAGAGAGCCCGAGCCGUUCAGCGGUCGCUCUGUGGUCGUGCUGGGAGCCAGCGCCUCCGGCCUCGACAUCUCCCUGGAGCUGGCUGCCGUCGGCGCCCAGGUGACCCUCAGUCACGCCCGUCCUGACGUCACCUUGCCUGCGUCCUCGGGGGUCCAGCAGGUCGCUCCGGUGGUGGCGGUGGAACAGGACGGCAGCUUGCGCCUCCAGGACGGCUCGCGGCGGGACGCCGACGUGCUGCUGCUCUGCACCGGGUACAGGUACAGCUUCCCCUUCCUGCGGCCCGCCCGCCUCGGCCUGGACGUCCGGCAGCACCUGGUGACCCCCCUGUACCUGCACCUGGUCCCGCCCGCCUUCCCCUCGCUCUUCUUCAUCGGCAUCUGCCAGCUCAUCGUCCCGUUCCCCUGCGUCCACGUCCAGGUGCAGUUUGCCCUGGCCGUGCUGCAGGGCUCGGUGUCUCUGCCGUCCCGGGCCGUCAUGGAGGAGGAGGUGCGUCGGGAGCAGGAGGAGAAGACGGGGCGGGGCGUGGCUCCGCGGCACCUCCUGCGCCUCCAGCAGGAGCAGUGGAGCUACUACGAGGAGCUGGCCCGCCGCGGAGGCUUCGCCCCGCCCCCGCCCGUCACCCGCAGCCUGUACGAGGAGGUGUGGCGGCAGAGACGCCACAGCCUCGGGACGUACAGGAGCGCCAACUACAGGCUGCUGAGCGCCACGCGCUGGGAGGCCCGGCCGGGACAGGGCUCAACCUGAGGCUCCUCGCUCUGAUCCGGCUCGUCUGGGCGGCCAAACACACUUUGAAGGAUUCACUGUUUUAAUCCAGAUUUUAAUCCAGAUUCUUCUCUUUCUC